CGUUUAGCGAGCGCUCGCCGGGGUGGGCGCCUGGCGGCUCCGGCCACCGCCCGUCUCAACACAUAUGGGCCUCUUCGCCACCGCGGCCGGCGGCAAGAUCGCAAUCUCCACGGCCGGCGAGGCGCGUGCCCAGGAGUGGCUGAAGAGCGUCGACGGCCCGUCGGGCAGCUGCUUCGAGCCCGCCGCCGCCGCCGCCGCCGCCAGCGACGGCUUUGCGACGGCGGCGGCGGCCGUGGCGGCCACGCCGGUCGCCUGCGGCGCGAUCGGCGCGGCUCCGCCCCCGGUUUACGCCAUGCAUCGGCCGUCGGGCCCGGGCGCCUUCAAGCGGCCUCGGCGGAGUGUGGGCGCGCCGUCGGCCGCACAGGCAGGCGCUGCGGCUGCCGCAGCCGCACCGAGCGCAGCCUCGUCGACGGUGCCGAUGGCGCCCGCACAGGCCGGCGGUGGGGAGCUCGGCGCGGCUCAGUCCCACCGGCGGCCUCUCGCGCCGACUGACGCCUCCCUCCGGGCCGCGAGGCCUGGGCACCGCCCGCCAACGACAGCGAACAGCGCACCGCGCGCCGGCGGCUUCCGCGCCCCUCGCCAGCUGCCAAAGCCUGCGGCUGGAAGGACUGCGGCGGGCGCCGAGCUUACGAGCGGCCACCAGCUGACGAGCGGCAACCACGCCGAGCCCCACCACGCCAAGCCGCGGGUCGAGUCUGCGCCGGCAGGUGCGGCGGGCAGCUGGACGACCCGAGCGAGGCGCAGGUGCUGCACGCGCCGGGCUGCAGGCACUCCAGCGGCGGCUACCUGCGAGGUCCGCGGCCGGCAGUCUCGCAGAGCGGGAGCGGCAGAGGCGUGCGGUAAGACUCUGAGUCCAAGAGAGGAAAAAGUGAGAGAGAGGAGAGACGUCUGAGAGAGCGCAGCGGGCAGGCCCACGCUCCGCGCCUUGUGGCAGGGCUCUUCGCUGUAAAAAGAACGAACGAGACCCCCCGUACGAA